CAGAACCAACCGGGAGGCGGAAGAUCAUGCCGACGCCUCAGGCAGAGACCCCCGAGGAGGCGGCAGCUCAGGCGGCGGCCGUGUCCAUCCAGGCCUGGUGGCGGGGCUCCCUGGUGCGCCGGGUGCUGCUGCACGCCGCGCUCACCGCCUGCACCAUCCAGCGCUGGUGGAGGCGGGUGCUGGCCGGUCGGCACGAGGAGGGGCGCUGGGCAGCCCUCCAGGAGUACUCGCGGAGGGAGUGGGCGGCCGUCAGGCUGCAGUCCUGGGUCCGCAUGUGGCGCGUCCGCCUCCGCUACUGCCGCGUCCUGCACGCCGCCCGCAUCAUCCAGCUGUACUGGCGCUGGCACAGCUGCCACACCAGGGGCUGCAUUCGGGGCAAUUACGACAUGAAAGAAAAGCAGCUGAACCUGCACCUCGAAAUCUCUUUGGGUUCGCAGGUUUACAAAAUACGUCAGUCCAUCCCUCUCCCAAUAAAGGACAGGUCAGAUCUAUAA